AUGCUUAGAAUUGAGUUGAAAACGUGGACUGGAGAUGUAAAAGCCGAAAUUAAAAGUUUUUAUAACACAAUUGAACAUGCUUUACAAGAUACUUCACUGGAUAUUCAAAAACAAGAAAAACUAGAACAUUUAAAGGAAACGCCUGAAGAUGCAGUAAAAGCUACUGUAUUAGCAAUAAGCUCCUUACAUGAAAAUAAUAAACUUGCUAUUUCGUCUCCUUCAUGUAAAAAAGAGGACAAUCAAAAUGAUAUUUGUACACAUAUCUCAAAUUUAAAGAGUAUAUUGGAAAAUCUAAAAUAUUCAGAUGAAGCACACAAUGCUUAUGAUGAUAUUUAUAAUGUAUUGGAGACUUUAAAUAAGACAGAUUUAACAAAAUUUGAUAACAACGAUCUAUUAACAAUAGAAGUUAUUGACAUCUCUUCUGAGUGGGCUUGUUCUUAUCUUAAAAAUAAUACAAUUGAUUUUCUUAAGUAUAAGGAAGAAUGUAAAGGAACAAUCCAAAAACAUUAUAUGAAUAAAGAUUUAAAGUGGGUUAUUUCUGAGAACUCCGUUCCUUCUUUAAACAAAUGGGUAAAAAGUGUGGAAUCACAAAAGCAUUGUGCUCAAAAAAUUCUUAAAUGUUUGACUAGCAUUUGGAAUUUAAAUACUAUUUGGUCCAAAAAUCAAUCCGAGAGGAUUUACAUAGCACAAAUUGUUGAACCACUAAUUUCUGUUGCACUUGAAAAUCUACCAGUAGUAAGAUUAGAAGAGAAGCAAAGUCUUGCUAGUAAAAAUUAUAAGUCGACAAAUUCUUCAAACUCUGCAGUUGGUGAUCGUCUGGAUAUAAUGUUCACUAUAAAAAUUGGCAAGAAUCAUCUUGAGUUGCUUUAUGUUGAAAGUGGUCGAUGUCUAACUACUGAUCAAAAGGUUUUUUCUAAUCAUAACAAGUUAACUUGCUUAUGCAAGGGAGGAUAUAAUUACAUAACCACUCGGAAAAGAUUAGACAAUAAAAAUAUUCAUUCUUUCCUCACAAUUUUAGGCAUAAAUAUAGCUGGUGAUCAUAUGAAGAUAUAUGGACUUCAACGGAAAGAUAAUCUUUACUUUUAUUUUCCACUUACCGAAGCCUGCAUACCUUUAGAAAAUACUUCAUGGGAAAAUGUUCAAGACUUAAUUUACACACUAUUAUUAGUACGAAAUAUUAUUAUAGUUGUAGCUCAUAACUUGAAAAUUGCUAAAAAAUCUAACAAUCCGAGAAAAGGCAAAAAAAAGUCAACGCAUAAGCUUGAUAUAUUUUAA